GGGAAGUGAGUGCAUUCAGUCCUCCGCGAAGUGCGCGAGUGUCAGUAGGCGCGUGCAAGCUGCGGUGUGUGUCGUGGGAGGCUCAGAACGAUGGCUCCGGCGCGAAGCAGGGUGUUUGUGGUCGGCGUGGGGAUGACCAAGUUUGAAAAGCCAGGAGCCAUAGAAGAGUUUGAUUACCCUGAUAUGGCCAAAGAAGCAGGCAAAAAGGCUUUGGCAGAUGCUGGGAUCCCUUACUCUGCUAUUGAGCAAGCCUGUGUAGGCUAUGUGUAUGGGGAUUCCACCUGUGGGCAGAGGGCCAUCUACCACAGCCUGGGCCUCUCAGGUAUUCCCAUAAUUAAUGUGAACAACAACUGCUCCACGGGAUCCACAGCUCUCUUCAUGGCUCGUCAGCUGGUGCAAGGAGGUCUAGCAGACUGUGUGCUUGCUUUGGGGUUUGAGAAGAUGGAGCAGGGCUCACUUUCUACAAAGUACACGGACAGAACUAAUCCCAUGGACAAGCAUGUGGAGGUGAUGAUCAACCGCUACGGGAUGGUUGCAGCACCAGUGGCACCUCAGAUGUUUGGUAACGCUGGCAAAGAGCACAUGGAAAAAUAUGGUACCAAGCCUGAACAUUUUGCCAAAAUUGCAUGGAAGAACCAUAAACAUUCCACCAACAACCCCUACUCCCAGUUUCAAGAUGAAUACAGUCUGGAUCAGGUGUUGAAGUCACGGAAGGUCUUUGAAUACCUGACUCUGCUUCAGUGCUGCCCAACCUCAGAUGGGGCAGGGGCUGCAGUCCUGGCCAGUGAGAGCUUUGUAAAGCGUUAUGGCCUGCAGGACAAGGCAGUGGAAAUCGUGGCUCAAGAGAUGGUGACAGACCUUUCUAGCACCUUCCAGGAAAACAGCUGCAUGAAAAUGGUUGGCUAUGACAUGACCAAAGUGGCAGCCAAGAAAUGCUUUGAAACAGCAGGACUUAAACCAACCGAUGUGGAUGUCAUUGAGCUACAUGACUGCUUCUCAGCCAAUGAGCUCAUCACGUAUGAGGCCCUGGGGCUGUGUUCUGAGGGUAAAGCUGGGGAACUGAUAGACAGAGGAGACAACACUUAUGGGGGAAAGUGGGUGGUAAAUCCGAGUGGAGGCCUCAUAUCCAAAGGACACCCGCUUGGUGCAACAGGUCUGGCGCAGUGCGCCGAGCUCUGCUGGCAGCUUCGUGGGGAAGCGGGGAAGAGACAAGUUCCCGGAGCAAAGGUCGCUCUCCAGCAUAACAUCGGGCUCGGCGGGGCGGUGGUGGUCACUCUUUACAGGAUGGGCUUUCCUCUCACCGCAAGGGCACAGCGAAUCCAGGCAGCCCCAACUGGUGCAGCAAGCGACCUGGAAGGAUUCAAAGCCCAUGCCGUCUUUCAGGAAAUCGAGAAGAAGCUGCAAGAGGAAGGAGAGCAGUUUGUGAAGAAGAUUGGAGGAGUAUUUGCCUUCAAGGUGAAAGAUGGGCCAAAUGGGAAGGAGGCCACAUGGGUAGUUGAUGUGAAGAAUGGCAAGGGCUCAGUUGAAAGCAACUCAGCAAAGAAAGCUGAUUGCACCGUUUCCAUGUCAGAUGCUGAUUUACUUGCUCUCAUGACUGGCAAAAUGAAUCCUCAGACAGCCUUUUUCCAAGGCAAGCUGAAGAUCACUGGGAACAUGGGCUUGGCUAUGAAGCUACAAAACCUGCAGCUCCAGCCUGGUAAAGCUAAGCUGUGAGAGCCAUUGGCCCUAGAUGGCUCAGCCUCUGAGCUUACAAGGGAUCUCUUAUCACUGUUUUAGGGAGUCCCUUUGUUUCAUUCAUGUUUUGUUGAAAGUGGUGGAAGGUGGAUUAGAGCUUGAGAUGGUUUGUGUUCCUUCUUCUCUCAAAUCAUUGAAUGAAAAAAGAACUGUAGGGUUUGAACAUGUUAAAAACACCUCCGUUCCUUGUACCAUUAAUUUGUGUAUGAUCAAGUCAUUUUUAACAUUGCACUUGUUUGUGCAUAUAAGAAAUAGAUUGAAAUUUGGGAUUAGUGUUAACCUUGUACUGAGUACUUUGUUCUCUAGCCUUUCGAUCAGUUAUUGCCUCCUGAGGGACUAGUGUAGAUGCAUGCCCAUCAAGGUGCAUGCAAUGAAGUCAGCCUGAGUACUGUUAUGCUGUCAUUAGUAAGACCACUUAAUGUGCCUCUGCUGUGUAGCCACUGUCCUUGAGAUUGACAGUGUUUUCUACAACUUGACCCAUUAAUAGAUUUAAAUGGAUCUAAAAAAAAAAAAAAUCUGGGUUUUGAAUAAUACAAUGUAUAUCUAAUUUUAAUAAAACAAUGCAUUAACAAACA